AUACAAACAAGCGCUUAUAACAGUUAACAUACAUACGGUCUUGCUGUUUUCCGUAUUUCUUGUUGCUUUGCGUAACCUUUACUCAAAAGUGUGUGCGUGAUCACCUGUCGGAUACUAAAAACGAGUAGGCCCCUCAAUGCAGCCCAAGUUCGGUACGUAUCUCUUUCCUUUCUUUUACGAAAAUACAAUGAGCGAAGUAAAAGAAUAUCUCUAUAAAAUCCUGGUCGUCGGUGACCUGGGAACCGGUAAAACGAGUAUUAUCAGACGUUACGUGCAUAACAUUUUCUCGAGCAAUUACAAGUCUACGAUCGGAGUUGACUUUGCACUCAAGGUGAUCCAGUGGUCGCCCGAAAUCAUUGUACGGUUGCAAUUAUGGGAUAUUGCGGGACAGGAGCGAUUCGGAAACAUGACGCGUGUGUAUUACAAGGAAGCAUUGGGUGCAUUUGUCGUGUGCGACGUAACCCGACAGUCGACAUUUGAAGGCGUCACGAAAUGGAAGGAUGAUAUUGAUGCCAAAGUCAGUUUGCCCAGUGCAUGGGGUGGUGGCAAAAUCCCUGUCGUUUUGUUAGCGAAUAAGAGUGAUCUUGUGAAUGAAGGACAUGGACAGCAUGUAAACCCAAUGGAGAUGGAUGAGUUGUGUGAUAAUCAAGGCUUUAUCAAAUGGUUUGAGACGUCAGCAAAGGACAAUACCAACAUUGAUGAUGCAGCUCGCUUCCUUAUCCAAUCCAUCCUCAAGAUUGAGGAAGAACAUGGAUCUCCUGAUCUGGAUGAUGAAGAUAGCGAGAGAAUACGUAUUGAGGAUAACAAGAGCAGCGGUGGUGGUGGAUGCUGCUAGGUAUAUGGCUACACAUAUACACGCAAGCUAUUGUUAUAUAUUAGGUUGUCUUUUUUUUGUGUUAAUUAUGGGACACUGGCCAUUAACAAAACGGUAGAAUGCGCGGGACAAAGUAGCACCUAUCAUAUCUUAUUCCCCUUUCUCUCUCUCUUUCUUUCUUUCUUCCACUUACAACACAACACAUUAUCACAUCCAUUCCCCACCGCACGAGCACUCCAAUCCACCUCUUAUCCCCAAAAACUGAGAAGUUUCUUGGAUAUGUAAGCAUUUUGCUUGUUGAGCGUUAAAAUAUGCUGUUGCUGCUGUUGGUUUGUAUGUAAUUAGUGUAAAUUCUGACCAUUUUAUGGUGUGUGCUGAAAAAUAUCAAAACAUGGCCCAUGCUUGUACGUAUUCUUACCUUAUUUACAUUAUAAUGAUAACGAUGGUACUGCCGGAGAACUGCUGUGUGGCCACAUCAGAUGCAUGCAUACACA